UAUAAUCUAAAGCAUUUUCACAAAUUAAUCAUAUAAUUUAGUAUUAUAAAAUGAUAAAGCAUAAUGUAUUAAGAUAAAUAUAAAAUUAUGAUGCAGAUUGAUUUUUUGUAAUUUUAUAAUUAUAAGUAAAUACGUUAUCAUUCCACAAUGGUAUCAUAAACUUUUAAAACAAAAUAAAUAUUAAUAUUACAUAUAAACGUUUACUUACUUCUGGAAGAUUCUUGAAAUACCUAACAAAACUGAUUUGAGAAGGUGGAUCUGAAAUAUUUAAUUAUAUAUUAUUAUAACAAAAGAGAGAACAACUUAAGAACAAAGGUUAUUUACCCAUACUAAAUUGUUGAUUUGGUUGUACAGCCAUUAUUAAUAUAAAAAUAGUACGUUUAAUAUUUUCGAAAAAAAAAAAAAAAAGAAAAAAAAAGUAGAAUUAAUAAAAAAAUUAAAUAAUUGAAAAUAUACACGUCUCAAAAUUAACCGUAUCGUGCAAUUAGAUUCACGCACAUUAAGUUCGAGUAUGAUAGAAGAUUUUUCAGCUUCCCGCGAAAAGAUGAUACUUGUAACAGUAUAAGAAAAAAGUCUCUAAAAUGUAAAAAUAAAUGUCUCUAGACAAACUUUUAUACUGAACGUCAUAGUUUGACUAAUAUCAUCGUCAAAGUAUUGGUUAGAAUUUUAAUUAUCGCACUUUAUAAAUUUUAAAACAUCAUGCUUAGAAUAAAAUAAGCAAGUGGAACUCAUAAUUUAUUUAUUAUAAAAAAAGUGAUCUCUUCUAAUCGAUAACCUUAUACUAAAAUCGAUAAACGUAUAUUGAAGUAUGAUAGCAGUGAAUCACAUGUAUUACUAAUAAAUUAGUAAUUAAAGUUGUGAACAUUUGAUCUGUGAAAUAUAUCGCAGUGAAUAAAUACCAUUAUAUGGCUGUUGUUCAAAAAAAUUUUAUUUGAAAUCUAAAAAGAAUAUGAGUUUCUGCAUAUAUGAUUCAGAUAUUGUUGUAUGCAACAAUGACCAUCUCAUAAUAUACAACAUCGAUAAUAACUUAAUAAAUACCAUAGCACUACCUCAGUUGGAAUGUAAUAAGGUAGUUAAUAUACAUAACAAUGUAGAUAUAGAAUCAUAUCACAUGAUAAUAAGUACAACAUUUUCUAACGAUGGCAAAUAUUUUUUGGUAUGUACAAAUCGUAAACAAUUGUGUUUAUAUGAAAGAAAAAGUAAAAGGCUUAUAUCAAACAGAAUAUUAUCUAGAGCAGCAAGCAAAGUAAUAUUUUCUCCAAACAAUGAUAUAAUUGUUGCCGAUAAGGCUGGAGAUGCUUAUCUAUUUUCUACCGCAAAUCCUAUAGAAAAUGGAACAUUACUCUUGGGACAUUUAUCAAUGCUGCUGGAUAUACUUGUCACGGAAGAUGGAAAGUAUAUUUUAACAACUGAUAGAGAUGAAAAGAUUCGUGUAUCAAUGUUUCCACAUUCAUAUAAUAUUGUAUCUUAUUGUCUUGGACAUAGUAAAUUUGUAACGAAUAUUUGUGAACUACCUCAUAAAAAAAAAAUUCUAAUAUCCUCGGGAGGAGAUGGAACUUUCAUGUUAUGGAAUUAUGAAUAUGGUAGAGAAUUAUUAACCAUUAAUUUUAGUGAAAAAAUUGCUAAAUAUAAUAUUGACAAAUUUAAUCAAAUUCUUAAAACCAAUCAUUAUGAAGAAUACGUAAAUGUCUUACCUGUGAAACAUUUAAAAGCUAUGGCACUUGAUAAAUUAUCGUCUUUACUUGUUAUAAGUUUUUAUAGUAGUAAUAUAUUACUGAUAUAUAUCAUUGAUGAAACAGUGGAAUCACAAUUAACAGCUACUUGGAUUGAAACUAUAAUAAUGGAAGAUGAACCUUUAGAUUGUUUUUUAAAAAAUCAUCGAAUGUGGGUUUUAACCAAUUCAGGAGUGAAUAUAUAUAUUUUGAAGAAUAAUCAUUUUGUAUUGGACUCAAUUACAAAUAAUAUAUUAAAAGAAUUGAAUGAAGUUUGGAUGUCAUUGAAUAAUAAUACACUUACGCAAAAUUUAUUCCCUAUUUUGUACAAAAGAAAAUAUGAUAAUGUACAACAGUAUUUAGAAAGAAAAAAAUCACGUCUAUCUAAUACUUUGGAAUAAGUAUUUUCAGUUAACAAAAUAAAAUUCCAAAAAACGAAAAAAGAAAGAAAAGAAAAGAAAAAUAAGCAUACAACAUCAUGUAUUAUAAAUGUAAAUUCAUCUCAUUAUUUGAAUAAUAAAAGCAUGACAAGUUUACAUGAAUUUAUGAUAUCAGACAAAAUAUAUUGAUGACGAGUUAAGCAUGAUUAAUAUAUUAUUAAUAUGCAAAUUCACAUGAAAAUGUAUGUAUUGUUAAGAUAAAAUAAGGCUAUUUUAUUGAUUUAUUUGUAUCAUUCACUAAAUCACAAUAGCUAUGUUGCUUUCUUAUACUGGUUUGUAAUCUAACUUUGAUUCAAGUUUCUUAUUAUCUGAAACUUUCCUUACAGCUUUCAUAAAAUCUUCUUGGACAACAUAUUCUCUCUCCAAUCUUAUUGCAAAUAAUCCAGCUUCUGUGCAAACAUUUCUUAAAUCUGCUCCAUUAAAUCCAUCUGAUAAUUUGACUACUGCCUCAUAAUCUGUAUUAAAUAUUAGCCAAUUAUUGUUAAAUCAUAAAGAUUAUAUAUAUUAUACAUUACAUAUUAAUAUAUUUACCAAUGUCACCAUGCUUAGCAAUUGGACCUGCAUGAAUUUUCAAAAUUUCAAGUCGUGCUUGUUCGUUAGGUAACGGUAUUUCAAUCUUUCUGUCCAAACGACCGGGUCUUAACAGAGCAGGGUCCAAAGUAUCAGGUCUAUUUGUUGCCAUUAUCAUUUUAACUUGACCUAAAGAAUCAAAGCCGUCCAUUUGAUUUAAUAAUUCCAUUAGAGUUCUUUGAAUUUCUCUAUCUGCACUAGUUCCCUCAGAAAAUCUUCGCCCGCCUAUGUAAAAUCAAAUAAUAAUAAUAUUAAGUAAUAUUUCUUUUAUGUGUAUAUAUAUUUUUUUUUUUAUACUAUUAACUUUAUCAGAAUGCCGUUUCUAUAUAAAAAAUUUUACCUAUAGCAUCAAUUUCAUCCAUGAAUAUAAUACACGGUUGAUGAUCACGAGCAUAAUUAAACAUUUCUCUGAUCAAUCGUGCUGAUUCUCCAAUAUAUUUGUCUACAAUAGCACUUGAUACAACUUUCAAGAAAUUUGCAUCUAAUUGACUAGCAACUGCCCUUGCCAGUAGUGUUUUGCCAGUACCAGGUGGACCAUAUAAUAAACAUCCCUUAGGUGGAGUAAUACCAACUCUUUGAAAUAGUUCAGGAUUUAAUAAAGGUAAUUCUAUAACUUCUCGUAAUUCACGUAUUUGUUCGCUUAAACCACCAAUAGCAGAAUAUGUAACAUCACCAGGAUCUUCAUGAGACAUAUUGUAAACCAAUGGAUCAACCUAAACGAGAUAAAAUACAGUUUAUAACAAGUAUAGACAACUAAAGUAUAACAUACAUUUAAUUAUUGCAUAUUAAAUUAUUUUUACCUCACGUGGUAAAUAACGCAUUAUAGUUAAAGUUGUCAUAUCAA